AUGAAUAAAAAAGUCACAUACCUUAUCCAAGUCGGGAUUAGUUUCUUGCCCGGGUCGGACCGAGGAGCGCAAGCACCUCUGCGCUCCUUGGUCCUACCCCCGGCGAAUUCUUCGGCCAAGGGGUUGACAGUGUCCGAGUGCCCCAAGGAGCCAGCAGCCCAGGCGAAGUGCUGCAACUGUGGUGAGGCCCACACUGCCAACUACAGGGGCUGCACUUGCUACAAGAAUCUGCAACGGGCUUCGUACGCGGCUGCGGCGAAAUCGUCCACGGCACCGUCGGGCCGUCAACCGCGCCGGGUCGACCCACCGGCUCCGAGACCUGACCCAGUGGACGAAGAGGCACCUGGGGCUCCCGAGGUCGAUGACGAGGGCUUCCGGACUCAGCGCAGAAGACGUCGUCGAGCUCCUCGGAACCCGGACAACCGCGGCAGAGCUUCCGGCCCGAGACCCCGAACACCCACCCCUCCUGUGGAGCAGUCCGCCGCCCCGGCCGAGACCCCGAACCCUCGAGUGAGGCGAACUCCCCGCCCUCGCCUGGAAGUCCCACCUCGCCAGCCCAGCGGCCCUGCCCGGCAGCCCAGCAGCCCAGCCCCGCAGCCCAGCAGCCCAGCCCCGCAGCCCAGCAGCCCUGCCCCGCAGCCCAGCCGCCCUGCCCAGCCUAUCGAGCCGGCCUCAACCCCGGCCCAGUCUUCUAAGAGCCCGUCGCAGCAGUCUGAGCUGGCUCAACUCAUCUCCACGCUGAGGAGCAUGUUGGUCGUCGUCGAGCGACUUGUUGACCAGUUGACCCAACAUCAUGCGUAG